UGAAGGGUAAUAAAGGCAGAUGACCCGCGUCGAUAAUAUCCUAGUUUUACUGUCUUAACUUUUCAUCAUGGAGAUAUUAAGUCCCUAUAAAAGGGGCGGCAAUUAUAUGGAUUUUAUGUAUUACUCGGUAUUUUUCUUUCCGGAAGUUACCUUACUUUGGUAUACUACCGUUUCUCUGUGCGGAAGUUAUCAUGUUCAUCCUGGAUAAACAGCAGCUUCGGCAAUUUCUGCCGCAACUCGAACGUGAUUUACCACGUUCAUUACCGGUUUUUCAUCUUGUACGCAAUGUUGUUCGUGAACGGUUUGCCUGGCCGGGUUUGGAAUUUGUUGUGGAUGAUUUCCCCAAUGUAUCGGUAUGCAUUUGCCGUCCAGAACCAUCAGGAGAGAAUUACGUUCCUAUCAUGAACGGCUAUGUGGUUUUCGUUUAUUCAACAAACACCAGUAUUCUCAAACAGAUGUUGUACGAGCAGCGAGUUGUUGAUUGGACGAAGCCGAUCAUGUUUGCCGACAUUACGGAGCCGGAGCAUUUAGUCUUAUUGGAAGAUGGGAAGCAUCUUCCGGAUGGGCGUUUUGAUCAGCUGGUUUAUCGGAAAGGUCAACCGGAAGGAGCAAUCGCAUACCAUUUUGAUCUGCCAAAUCUGGAUCUAUCGUACGAAGUUCCCAAAGGUUACCGGAUGGGCACACUACAGCCGCAUCACGCGGCCAUCAUCAGCCGCGACCGGAAGUACGGGCACGAAGCCAACAACACCAUCUACUUCCGCUAUUUAAUCGAGAACGGCUUCCCCACGGCCGCCCUCUUCCCGGACGAUGAGCCCGAUAACCCGGUGGCGUAUGUGCUGUACAAAGGGGAAGGGGUCAUCGGCGCGGCCUUCGUCAAGCCGCAACUGCGCAAUGCCGGUAUAGUGCGGGCAGUGGGCCAUGCAGUGAUGCAGAAGCUGCGGGAUAUGGGCGAAGACUGGCUGUGGGGCGAUGUGAUGAAGUUCAAUCUGGCCUCGCAGCAGGCGGUGGAGGCCGGGGGCGGCAAGAGGAUCCCGGGUAUGGAUAUUCACUGGAUUGGCUAUCUGCCGAAUUCGGAGCAGGGCGAUAUUAAAGUGGAAUACUACGUAUAGUUAUGCUUGAACUUGACACAAUUUAUACGCCUGAAUUGUCUGCAUAAAAUCUAUCGUGCUUAGAGUAUUGUGCUAAGACUGCUUGAUAAUACUGUACUGACUAACCGUUGCAUGUUCUUGCGAGCUGUUAAUAAUUAAGUUUAGCCUGAACAUUUCUCCAUUAAUUUUGUUUCCGCAUUUAUUUUAAACUGUCGACGUUUAAAUUAAAUCAUGUACGAGUAUGUAUGUCGUUGCAAGCAAGCUCCAUUUAAUGUAUAAUAAAACUGACGGUAAACGUAGCCAAAA